AUGUCGACGGACACGCAAAAUAAUGGCACCACCGGCGCGCCCAUCCAGCCCUCCAGUAAAGCGACUGCCGCCGCCCCGAAGCUGAACUCGGCCGACAUGGAGAUGGGCAGCAUGCCCGGGGCCGAUACUCCCGCCGAGGAAGAUAUCAUGCAGCUGGCAAGAGUGGGCAACGUACCCUCCAUGGAAAAGCUCUUUGAGAAGGGCGAAUAUGAUGCGACGUACACAGACGAUGAGGGCAUCACCCCCUUACAUUGGGCCGCAAUUAACAACCAGUAUGCCAUGGCCAAGUUCUUGAUCGAGAAGGGCGCGGAUCUGAACAAGAAAGGAGGCGAGUCCGUCGCAACGCCGCUACAAUGGGCUGCCCAGAGGUCCAAUUACUACACCGUCAACCUGCUGCUUCAGCACGGCGCCGACCCACUGAUUUCCGAUGCCCAGGGAUACAACACCCUGCAUAUCUCGACUUUCAACGGAAACGUUCUGCUCAUUACACUUCUGCUGCACCAGGGCAUUCCAGUAGACGUGGCGGAUAGCUACGGCCACACUGCACUCAUGUGGGCGGCGUACAAGGGGUUUCCCUUGUGUGUGGAUCUGUUUCUGCGAUGGGGCGCCAGCGUCCACGCCACGGACGAGCAAGGCUUCACUGCCCUGCACUGGGCUCUCGUCAAGGGAUCGGCCCCGUGCAUCCUGAAGCUUAUCGAGUACGGCGCGGACCGAUUUGCCAAGACGCACACAGGCAAGACACCUGCCAUCACCGCCCAAGAUCUGAACACGGUGGGUGCCUGGCAUAGGGCGCUGAAAGAGUGCGGAUACGAUGAGGACGCUCAUCCCGUCACUCCCUGGUGGCCCGGUGCAUCUUAUUUCCUCCAAGACAAACGGACGUUCAUGAACAGGUUCCUGUUCCUUCUACCGUUCUCCCUCUUAUGGAUCGAGUUGUUACUUCUGUCGAAUCUGCCUGUGUUCCUAUCCCUGCCAUUCGGGCUUCUGGUGGUUUUUGGGUACCAAUGGAUUACCACUCAAGUUAUUGAGUAUGGUCCGCCUGAUAUGAGACAUCUUCACAAAACGCCCUGGCUGGCUGGCAUUUGUGCGGGAUCAGUGUUUCUGGUGGGUGUAAGCUGGCUCUUGACCGUACUGCCAGCAACAUUUUCGGCGCAUCCGCUCCUGAAUUUCAUCUGCAUUGGUUUAAUCGGCUUGACAUCCUACUUCUAUGCCACAUCCAUGGUUUUCGACCCCGGUUUCGUACCAAAGCUGAAUGGCAUUGCCGAACAGAAGGCCGUCAUCGAUGAACUUCUCAGCAUGUGGAAGUUUGAUGAGUCCAACUUUUGCGUUUCUUGUAUGAUUCGCACUCCUCUCCGAAGCAAACAUUGCAAGCGUUGCCAGAGAUGCGUUGCAAAACAUGACCACCACUGUCCUUGGAUCAACAACUGUGUUGGCAUCAACAACCACCGUCAUUUCUUCUUCUUUCUCAUUGGCCUGACUCUCGGUAUACUCAGCUUUGAUUGGCUGUUGUACUACUACUUCUCGGAUAUAUCGUCCGGUGCUGCCAAAGAAUGCACCGUUCUAUCCGAGAACCUGUGCCAGGUCCUCAACGCCGACCCCUACGUCAUCCUUCUAGGCAUCUGGGCUUCACUGCAACUUACCUGGGUCAGCAUGCUUCUGUUCGUCCAGUUCGUUCAGGUAGCACGUGCCAUGACGACCUACGAGAACAUGUAUGGCAUCAACGACGGCUCGGCCGCAAACCUCAUGCACAACUUCACUAGCACUGGAGCGCCUCUCGACCCAAGCCAUCCUGAUGCUCUUGCCGCACCACCGAGCGCGGCGCAUGAUCCCUUGGGCAACCGUUCGCAUCAUGGCCACAAGCACGGUCGAGGCUUCCUGCAACAGUGGAGCCGCAUACUCGGAGUUGAUACCUUCAUCGAGACAGCAACCGGCAGAGGUGCAGCGACAGCCAAGAAGCAGCGCAAGAAGAAGAACCCCUACUCCAGGGGGUACGUUCAAAACUGCAAGGACUUUUGGUGCGACCCGGCCCCCAUGUUUGGACGGCGCGAGACUGGUGAUGCCGUAGUAGGUGGCCAGCGUGUGAACUGGGCGGAGACGUACGAGAGUCCUGCGGCCAUGGAGCUGGGCGGCAGGAGAGGCAGGGGUGGGUAUGAGACCGUUGCGGGCGAUGAGGUCUAA